UACUCACUCCAUGGCUGCGGAAAGGAGAGGGGGCGACGGCGGCGGCGGCCUCGGGUGAACAGACGGUGGGAGCGGAGAGUGCAGGCGCGGAAGAACACAGGCAGAUGUCCCGCCUCAGUGGCCGGUCUCUUCAUUAACCACCAUGAAGACAGCAAAGUGAAGCUUUUUGUGGAGCACAGCCUCACACAUUGUGAAACAGACCAUGCAGGCUGGGGUGUAAAUCCUGGCAUAGAGAAACAUCCUGCAAGAAAUGAAUGUCUGGGACAGGAUUCAAAACAGUCCUGCCAGAGAGGACAGGUAGAUGGACCUGGCUUCUUAACAAGGCAGUAGGACAAAGCUAUCACCAUUUGCCCUGGUUCUGCCUGCACCAGAGGAUGACUUCCGUACCAGGCUGACCAGAAAGGCCAUGGGCGCCAGGAAAGCCCCCCAAAGACCAGCAUGCACCCCACGUCUUGUCCUUGUGGCUGUCCUCCUGGUUCUGACAGCCUCUCUGGACUGGAAGACGGCCUCCAGCCUGAAUCUCUUCGACAAGUGCAUGGAGGACCUUGAUUAUGAACAGCUACUCAGGGUGGUGACCUUGGGCCUCAACCGGACCCUGCGGCCCCAGAAGGUGGUAGUUGUCGGUGCUGGCGUGGCUGGGCUGACAGCUGCCAAGGUGCUCAGUGAUGCGGGACACAAGGUCACCAUCCUGGAGGCAGACAAUAGGGUUGGGGGCCGCAUCUUCACCUUCCGAGAUGCCAAGACCGGCUGGAUAGGGGAGCUGGGGGCCAUGCGAAUGCCCAGCUCCCACAGGAUCCUGCACAAGCUCUGUAGGAGCCUGGGCCUCAACCUGACUCAGUUCACACAGUAUGAUGAGAACACGUGGACGGAGGUGAAUGACGUGAAGCUACGGAACUAUGUGGUGGAGAAGAUGCCAGAGAAGCUGGGCUACGACCUGAGCCACAGGGAGAGAGGCCGUUCUCCGGAGGACAUCUACCAGAUGGCACUCAACAAGGCCCUCAAGGACCUCAAGGCCCUGGGCUGCAAGAAAGCCAUGAAGAAGUUCAACAGGCACACGCUCCUGGAGUACCUUCUUGGGGAGGGCAACCUGACCUGGCCGGCCGUGCAGCUCCUGGGAGACGUGAUGUCCAAGGAGGGCUUCUUCUACCUCAGCUUCGCAGAGGCAUUACGUGCCCACAGCUGCCUGAGCGACCGACUUCGGUACAGCCGAAUCGUGGGUGGCUGGGACCUGCUGCCGCGUGCACUGCUGAGUUCCUUGUCCGGCCCGGUGCUGCUGAAUGCGCCCGUGGUGGGGAUCACUCAGGGGAUGCACGACGUACGAGUGCAUAUCGCCACUUCCAUACAGUCGCGCAACCUGAAGGUGCUGACCGCCGACUUGGUGCUACUGACGGCCAGCGGGCCCGCGCUGCAGCGUAUCACCUUCUCGCCGCCGCUGACACGCAGGAGGCAGGAGGCGCUGCGCGCGCUGCACUACGUGGCAGCCACCAAGGUUUUCCUGAGUUUCCACCGGCCCUUCUGGCACGAGGAGCACAUCGAGGGCGGCCACUCCAACACAGACCGCCCAGCUCGCCUCAUAUUCUAUCCCGCCCCGGGCGAGGGUGCUUUGCUACUGGCCUCGUACACGUGGUCGGACGCUGCAGCCCCCUUCGCUGGCCUGAGCACAGAGCAGGCCCUGCAUGUGGCGCUCAAUGACGUGGCGGCCCUUCAUGGGCCGGUCGUGUACCGGCUGUGGGACGGCACGGGCAUAGUCAAGCGCUGGGCGGAAGACCCGCACAGCCAGGGCGGCUUUGUGGUGCAGCCGCCGUUUCUGGGGAAGGGGGAUGAGGACUAUGACUGGUCAUUCCCCUACGGCCGCAUUUACUUCGCGGGCGAGCACACAGCCUAUCCACAUGGCUGGGUAGAGACCGCUGUCAAGUCCGCAUUGCGGGCCGCGGUGAAGAUCAAUAACCACGAGUUCAGGGUGACCAGCCCCGAGAAGCAGCCGCAUGCCAGCAUCCAGAAGCAGGAUCAGGAAGAGAUUAGCGCGAUUGAGCAGCUGCUGGAGGAAAGCCUGGCGGGGCAGGAGCCCCCACACGAAGAGACCAACCCCGAGGGACAUGUGUUUGUGGAGGCCAUCCCCGAGUUGCAGGGGCACGUGUUCGUGGAGACCAUUCCCCAGAAGGGGCAUGUGCAUACACACCCGAAUCCCAUCCCCUCGCACGCGCACAUGCAUGGGGACGUUCUCCCUGAAGGGCACCUGCACCCACAUCCCGUACAUGGGGGACACAGGCACGGGGGAUCUGGUUCCCAGAGGCACCGGCACUUAAACGGAGAGGCGGGUCACUCUUGGUGCAAAGGGGGAAGAAUCACCCAGCCCCCAACCCAGCCCUCUCUAGAGCAGGCCACCCGCACUAAUAGUCCACAAUAAAGUUAUUUUUUUGUUAAA